AUGACUGCUCUAAUUUCUAUUUCUUUGCUUCUUGUAACUUUUGCUGGAGCUGCCGAAAUGUGUGCACCAGUGACUCAGCACAGCACUCCUCAAUCCGAUGUUCCAAGUACUGUCACAAUUACUUUUCAUAAGCUCGAGACUUCGACGACCACUAAAGAUGAAAUCCUUAACGCAAUUAGGACUAGCCACCCAGAUGUGCACGCCACAGGAGAGCCAAUCGAUAAAAAAUCAAUCAAGGUUACACUAACUGCUGUUUCAUGCGUGACCGCUAUGAAAUUGGCGGAAGAAGUCUUGAAUGCAGGUACACCAGUGGUUUUAAAUGCAUACGCAAUGUUGUGUGAUGGGGAGAUCUCUACGAAUAUUAAACCAUAA